CAUCCAUCGCAUCACCCAUCACAUCAUCUUGACAAGCAUCGAGGCGACAAACCAGCAAGCGUGUGCUAUCGAGGCAGAUGGCGACCGGUCAGCUCCAAGCCCUCCUCGACUCCUUCGAGGCCCGCCUUUCGACGGUGGAGAAGACCGUGCUCCCGGGAGGAGCAGCAGCGGCGGCGGCGGCGGCGGCGCCCAUGGCUUCCGGCUCGCGAGGCCUUCCUGCGGGUGGUGACGAGGUUUCUGCCUCUGUCGCCGCCUUCGACGAGUACUGCUCCAAGUGCCUCGAGCCCUUCAUGGGUGCCUGUGGGACUCUCGGGGGAGGGGCUGCCGCAGGAGGAGCCGUGAUCAAGAAGGCCUGGGCGGCGCAGCGAGACUUUUUGCUGAUGGCGUCCACGUGCAAGAAGCCGGACCAGACCGUUUUGGGGUCUAAGAUGGCGCCGCUUCAAGCGUGCCUCAAGGAGGCCGGAGACUGCCGGACCCGCGAUGACUUCGAGAACCACACCAAGGCCAUAGGGGAAGCCAUGGGAUGCGUCUCUUGGGUGAUGAUGUACCCCCCGGCCGGUCUGCCGAAGGACAUGGUAGAGCCCACCAUCGGAGGGUCUGACUACUGGGCCAACAAGGUUCGGAUGCAGUACCGCAAGACCAACCCUGAACAGGUGGCGUUCUGUGACACCCUCAAGGCGCUGCUGACGGGGCUGCUAGCCUACGUGCAGGCCAACCACAAGACCGGACUCGAGUGGAACCCCAAGGGUGGCGACUGCGCGGCCUUCUCCGGCGCCGGAAGCGCGCCCCCCGCACCACCUGCAGCUGCCAGGGCCGCCGCUCCUGCGCGACCUGCCAUGGGUGGCGGCAGCAACGCGCUUUUCGGCGAGCUGAGCAAGGGCCUGGCGGUCACCUCUGGACUAAAGAAGGUUACGAAGGACCAGCAGACGUGGCGGAAGGAGUUCAAGGCGGAUGAGACGGCACCGGCGCCUGCCGCGAAGGCCGCACCGAAGCCCUUCGCUUCCGCCAAGGCCGGGCCCAAGGGCCCUCCUAAGCUGGAGUUCAUCCAGCAGGGCAUGAAGUGGAUCGUGGAGAACCAGGGGUCCAGCAGUGGCGUGGUGACGGUAGAAGUCACCGACAAGAAACACCAGGUGUACAUCUACGGGUGCGUGGACGCGACGAUCGACAUCAAGGGCAAGUGCAAGAUGGUCGCCAUCGACGGCUGCAAGAAGACCAAGGUUCUGUUGGACGACGCUAUCUCUUCGGUGGAGCUGGUGAACUGCCAACGCAUCCAGGUGCAGGUCCGCGGAUCGGUCCCUUCGGUGGCGGUGGACAAGACGGACGGGUUCCUCUGCUACCUCGGCAAGGACGGUCUGGAGACCACCUUCGUCACUUCCAAGUCUUCGGAGAUGAACGUGGCCUUCCCCAAGCCGGACUCUGACGAACAGAUGGAGAUGCCCAUCCCGGAGCAAUUCGUACACACCAUUAAGUUUGACCCCAAGCCGCGGAUCACCUCCGAUGUUUCGGAUCUCUACUCGCACUAAGCACUAGUCUAGAUGCCCUGAAAUCGCCGCCUUCCCCCACAGUAGAAUUGUGAUAAGCUUCCGCUGUGAUACGGGGAUUGAAUUGGUGGGAUGCAUGGGGGGGGCGGCGUUGAUUUGGAGAUCCAUAUUGUGUUAAUGUCGUCGAGCUUGAGUGUGGUUCAUGCUUUUGACUCAUGUGUUGGAGUGGCGGGGUGGCGUGUUUGACGCUGCAGCAUCCGGGUUGGUUUGGCGUGCUACGGUAGGUCGCCUUCUGGCAAUGCCCCCAUCCCCCUAUAUUUCUUUGUUGUCGAGGUUUCGUACGCUAGAGAAGCUCGCCAUGUGCAUCCAGGGUCGCCGCCAAUGGCAAACUGGUGUAGAUACACAUGUGCUUUGAAUGAAAUACAAGUACGUUUGAGCAAGACGUUCAGUACAGUUCGGGGGGGGGGGGGCUCAAUGAAGCUGGACCGGCCGCUGCUCAGAGGGACCGGCGUUU